AUGUUGACGGCGUCGCCUAGCAACGGGCGACGGCGGGGCCAGCGGCCCAGCUUGACUUGGGGGUCCCCGCAGGGGGCUGCCCUGGGCCCACGACCUGAGCGCAGGUCCCACAGGGCAGGAGACGCAGCGAUGGAAGGAGAGGAGGACGGGAUCCCCGCGGGCACGGGGCCUCAGGCAGCCACAGAGGAGACCGCCGGAGAGCAGACCCGACAAGGAGCCGCUGAUGCUGAGGAAGCUGCUGAGUGGGAGGCCACCGGCCCCGGGGAAGUCCCGCCCAAUGAGGAAGUCUCACCUGAAGGAGAAGAGGGGGAACUGGUCCCUGAUGGAGAAGAGGGGGAAGGGGACGUGGUCCCUGAAGGAGAAGAGGGGGAAGUCGCGCCUGAAUGGGAAAUGGAGAAUGAGGCGGCCGUGGAGAUGGGAGGGGAGCAGCAGGUGGAAGGGGGGCAGGGGUCUGACAUGGAAGCCGUGUCCCCCGAGGGGAAAGCCAGCUCCACAGAGAUCAUCGAUUCCGACACCAGCCUUGGGGACGCGGCCCCGGACUCGGAGCCCGCCCAGCAGGCAGCAGGCUCCUCUGAGUGGCAGCCGGGCCCGGAUGCUUCCAGAUUUCAGCUCAGCCAUUCGACGGAGUCUGAUGAGGACCUCCAGCGGGGCCCCCCGCGCCCCCUGAGGCUGAGCCCGGGGGGCCGGGUCCCAUCCUCGGACGAGCUGUCCCUGACCUCGGAGGAGUCCUCGGGCCCGGAGCCAGGCAUCCCCGCCCCGGCGUCCCGGGCGCCCCCCAGGCCAUCGCCCCCCAGGCCAGCGCCCCCCAGGCCAGCGCCCCCGCCCUCCUUCCUGGACAGGAUCCAGCACCUCAGCCUCUCGGAGGAGGGGGGCGCAGAGCCGCUGGAGUCCGAGGGGAGCGACGAGCCUGACGAAGACGUGGCCCACCUGGUGGUCCUGGACCCGAACCACCCCCUGAUGCUCAGGUUCCAGGCUGCGCUGAACGGCUACCUGAACCGGCAGGUGGAGAAGCUGCAGCUGGAGCUGCUGGAGCUGGGCGUGGCCUCCAAGCAGAGCCAGGCGCAGCGGCAGGAGCUGGGCGUGGACCUGUACGCGGUGCAGCAGCACAUGGCGGCCCUGCAGGUGCAGCUGGAGAAGAGCCACGACCGCUACUCGCUGGCCACGUGCGCCCGGCAGCAGACGGAGGAGGAGCUGCAGCGCAUGCGCCUGCUCUACACCCGCACCUGCGAGGCCGCCAACGACGAGCGCAGAAAGUUGGCGGCGCUGCAGAGCGAGAUGGAGCACCUGGCUCUGAACCUGUUCUACAUGCAGAACAUCGACCAGGACAUGCGGGACGACAUCCACGUGAUGAAGCAGGUCGUGAAGAAGUCGGAAGCGGAGCGGGCGCGGGCCGAGCGGGACAAGAAGCAGCAGGACCUGCACGUGGACCAGCUCACCAGCCGGGCUCACGAGCUGGAGGAACAGAUCGCCCUGUUCGAGGCUCAGUCGGGGGCCCAGGCGGAGGAGACCCGGAUGCUCAGGAAAGCCGUGAGCGAGGCCUGCGCGGAGAUCGACACCAUCCGGGUGGAGAAGAAGCUCAUCCUGCAGCAGUGGACCGUCUGCCUGGUGGGCAUGAAGCGCCGCGACGAGGCGCACAGGACCAUCCGGGAGGUGCUCAGCGAGUGCCAGCACCAGCUGAAGGCGGCGGACGGCGAGGUGGAGGCCUACAAGCGGUCCAUCGUGCAGGAGGAGGAGCGCAACGAGACGCUGGCCCGGGUGCUGCGCCGCGUGGAGGCCGAGGGCCGCGUGCUGCAGAAGCUCACGGCGCAGUGCCUGGCGCGGCAGGAGGCGCUGCAGGGCCAGUUCGGCACCUACCAGCUGGUGCUGCAGGACACGGACGGCAAGCUGGGCGCGGCGCGGGAGGAGCACAAGGAGAUCAGGGCCGCGCUGGUGGCGGUCCACCAGUCCAUCCGGGAGGAGCUGGACCUGCGGCGGGAGCUGGACGCGGCCAUCGUGCGGAAGCUGCAGGAGCACACGACCUCCAACAAGAUGACCAAGUACUUCCACCAGCUGCUGCUCAAGCUGCAGAAGCAGAAGACCAACCUGGUGACACACCUCUCCAAGAUCGACGGUGACAUCGCCCAGGCCACGCUGGACAUCACCCACACCAACUGCCGGCUGGAGGUGCACCGGGAGACGCUGGCCGAGCUGGACAAGGAGGUGCAGAAGGUCAACGAGCUCAUCAGCAACAGCGAGAGCGAGAUCGCCCGGCGCACCAUCCUCAUCGAGCGCAAGCAGGGCCUCAUCAACGCCCUCAACAAGGAGCUGGAGCAGAUGGUCUCCGAGAUCGGGGGGGAAGAGAUGGGGCCGCUGGAGCUGGAGAUCAAGAGGCUGGGCAAGCUGCUGGACGAGGCGGGCGCCCGGGUGACGCAGGCGCAGGUGGGCUGGCUGCGCCUCCAGCAGGACAUGGUGCGGGCGGCGCAGGAGCGCGAGGAGCAGCUGGCCGCCCUGAGCCUCUUCAGCAAGGAGGUGCGCAUCCUGGAGCAGAAGAAGCUGAGGACCGACAAGAAGAUCGAGCAGGAGAAGCGGGAGCAGAAGGACAUCGAGCGGCACAUGAAGGACCUGGACAACGACCUGCGCAAGCUCAACGUGCUCCUGAGCCGCAACCGCAGCAGCUCCGAGGGCCUGCAGCAGGCCAACCUGCUGGCCGAGAGCCAGUUCCUGCACGCGCUCAAGGCCGCGGAGAGGGAGACCAUCGAGAUGCAGGACAGGCUGGAGCAGCUGAACCAGGAGAAGGUGUCGCUCCUCAACCGCCUGGUGGAGGCCGAGCACCAGGUCCUGCUUUGGGAGAAGAAGAUCCAGCUGGCGAAGGAGAUGCGGGCCUCGGUGGACUCGGAGACGGGCCAGAAGGAGAUCCGGGCCAUGAAGGCGGAGAUCCACCGGAUGAAGGUCCGGCACAAGCAGCUGCUGAAGCAGCAGGAGCGGAUGAUCCGGGACAUGGAGCAGGCCGUCGCCCGCAGAGAGACCAUCUCCACCCGGGCCGAGGGCCAGAGCAAGAUGGACAGGAAGGUGCUCACCCGGUCCGACUUCCACCACAAGCAGCUGGAGCUGCGGCGGAAGAUCAGGGACCUCCACAAGGCCACCGAGGAGACGAGCAGCAACAUCGCGCAGCUGGAAGAGAGCCAGAAGCGCAUGAGCGACUCCCUGCACGAGAAGCAGGCGCAGCUGUCCGCCAUGCAGGCCCAGGCCGAGGAGCUCGAGGCCACCCUGGAGCAGCUUGUGGCCCGCAAGCGACAGAACCUCUCGGAGCUGGUGACCCUGCAGACGCGCCUCAAGCACCUGCAGGCGGUGAAGGACGGCAGGUACGUGUUCCUGUUCCGCUCCAAGGCGGCGCAGCUGGAGGAGCGCAGGCGCCUGGACCACCGGCUGGCCGCCAUCGGCGCCAUCCUGGACCACGUGAAGGACGAGCACCCCCAGUUCCAGGAGGCCCUGCUCAAGCUCAGACAGACGAUCGCCAGCCAGCUGGACGCCCCCGUGCCCUCCUAGCGCGCAGCCCGGGCCUCGCCUCCCAGGCCAGCCGGGAAGAGACCAGGAUGCUGCGUGUUCCCUGGGAUCCGUAGGUUUUUGUGUCCCCGGAAGCCACGCCCACCCUCAGAGAAUGACAGGCCCGCGCUGCGGGACCUCUGGCCACCCGCGUGUUUAAACCAAGUCGCCUCCCCACCUUCCUGGUUGCGUUUAGGCGAGUCACCCCUUGGCAGAGGCAGCGCCCGGGAAGGCGGGCCCUGUUCCCACGAUGGACGGCGGCGUGCUCCCCUGAGCAAAACCUGGGCUGUGGAGGCUCCCGUGUCUGCACCUGCAAACUCACACCCACUUCCUCGUGGGCAGCUUCUCGCUCCCACCCCUCAGGGACCCCGGGUCCCUUCUCCUCCCCCACUCCCAGCCCGGGUUAAAUCCAGAUUCUCAGCCGGAGGGGCGGUGACCCCCACCGGCGGCUCACAGAGAGCCGACCGCUGACAUAAGACCCCGUCCCAGGGCGGCCCACCGGUCACCGGUCACCGGAGCGUCCUCCUCCCCCACCCGUCCCCCUGCACCUGCUAGCAUGGUCUCUCCGCAGUGUAACGGGAAGGGUUCUACAGAAGAAUUUCACUUUCACACUU